GACGUCAUGGCGUCAUGUCAGCGCCAACAACAAUAUCACACUAGCAGGCCAUCCAUAAACUAACUCGACAUUCCACCCCUCUUCACCACCCCCCACCGCACAACAAUGGCGACCUCAGCUACUGCCGCCGCGCCGCUCACGCCCGCCCAGCUCGAUGCGUACCUCGCGCGCAUCUCGUUCCCGCGCGAGCUGCACCCGGCCAACAGGGUCGACCUGCUGGGCCAGCUGCUCGCGCACCACCUCAACACGGUACCUUUCGAGUCCAUCUCGAUCCACUAUAACCCCGCGCAGCCGCCGCUGCUUGAUCUGUCCCCCGAGGGCCUGUUCGACAAGAUUGUCACGCGCAAGCGCGGCGGAUACUGCGUCGAGGUCAACCAGCUCUUCCGGGACCUCUUGCGUACCCUCGGCUUCAGUGUCAUUCCGGUCUCGGCGCGCGUGUCGCACUCGGCCGCGGGCAACCACGACGGGGGGUUCUUGGGCUUCUCCCACAUGGCCAUCCUCGUCGACAUCGACAACGAGCGGUACGUCGUCGACGUCGGGUUCGGCCCCGACGUCUCCCCGGUUCCCCUCAAGCUGGUGUUCCCUGCACGCCAGCCUACGUUUGGCCCUGGCCCAGUGCACGACGACCUGACCGAGACGACCUCAGUGGCAGAGUACGACGGCGUGUCGCCGCAGCGCUUCAAGAUCGAGUACCGCAAGCUCAAGGACCACACGGACCCGCGCCAGCGGGCAUGGGUCGUCAGCGGCAGGCGCACCCCCGAAGGCGAGUUCUACGACAACUACGCGUUCAACGACUUUGAGUGCUUCCCCCAAGACUAUGGUGUCAUGAACUGGAGCUCGAACAUUGGCCCGCAAAGCUUCUUCGUCAGGACGGUCAUUGCGCAGCGCUUCUUGAGCGAGCAGGAGCUGGCAAAGGAGGACACGACCGCGCCGUACGUGCAUGCUGAAACCACCGGCCGCACCGGUUCCCUCGAGCUCGCUGGCACCAUCGCCCUGGCCGGCACGGCGCUCCGCCGCCGCGUGCACGGGGUGGACGAGACGAUCGCGACGUUCAGCACCGAGGCCGAGCGUGUGGCCCUGCUUGCCAAGUACUUUGGCAUCGUCCUCACCAAGGCCGAGCAAGACGGCAUCCGCAGCAGACCGACCGAGCUUGUGCCCAAGGCCGAUGCUACCGCAUAGACAACAAGAAUGAAUGCUAAUACAUGGGUGG